GUCUUCCUUAAUCCAUUUUCCAUCUAACCUUGGUGGCCGUACAAUCCACGAGAGAGAGAAGAUCAACGACUCAACUCUCUCUCUCUCUCUCUGCUCUUUCCUCCUUCCAUGAAUAAUAUUGCCAUGAAAUUGCCACCAUGAAAAUACCCAAUCCCAUUUCCCCUUUCCUCGAUCCAACAACAACUACGAGCCCUACCCAUACCCAAUUAUAGAUGUUUUCAUCUCUUUCAUUCUUCUUUUAGAUUCAUCGCUUUGGUUUUGCUUUCUUUACCCUUCUCCUGAUUCCCCCAUGGAGCCUCGUUCGAAAAUGGCGGGACCCUCUAGACUUCUGGAUCGGGACCAAGUUUCUUCCUCGUCGUCUCAUAAUUCCCGCCAUGGUGGAAGAAAUGUUUUUAGCUUGAUAGCAAGGAGAGAAAUUUCUCCUAGAACAAAGCAUAUUCCGAGAAGGAAUUGGGGAGAAGCUUCUAGAAAGAAAGUGGGAUCUCCCUCUGGGUCUCAAAGUGAAACAGCAAGAGAUUCUAAGCGUGGUCUCCUCUCAUGGGUUGAAGCCGAAUCUCUUCGGCAUUUAUCAGCGAAAUAUUGCCCUUUAGUGCCUCCACCGAGGUCAACUAUCGCAGCCGCAUUUAGCCCUGAUGGAAGAACUCUAGCUUCCACACAUGGUGACCACACUGUAAAGAUAGUUGAUUGCCAAACUGGUAGCUGUGUAAAAGUUCUAAGUGGUCAUAGGAGGACGCCAUGGGUGGUUAGGUUCCACCCAUCGUGUCCAGAAAUUCUUGCCAGUGGGAGUUUGGAUCAUGAAGUUCGCUUAUGGGAUGCAAACACGUCCGAGUGCAUAGAAUCUUACAACUUCUAUCGACCUAUUGCAUCAAUUGCUUUCCAUGCCAAAGGAGAUCUUCUUGCUGUUGCAUCCGGUCACAAGCUGUUCAUAUGGAACUACGACAAGAGACUUCCCCCAAAUAUUGUAUUGAAGACGAGGCGUUCCCUUCGAGCUGUUCAUUUCCACCCACAUGCUGCUCCAUUUCUUUUAACUGCUGAGGUCAAUGAUCUUGACUCUUCAGAUUCACAAAUGACAAAAGCAACAUCUCUGGGUUACUUACGAUAUCCUCCCCCUGCUGUUUUUGUGGCAAAUUUUCAUUCUAGUGACCGUCUCAGUUUUGCUGCUGAAUUAGCACCAAUGUCCUUACCUUUCUUGUCGGUGCCAUCACUAGCUAUGGAUGAUUCCAGAGGGGAACUACAUCAAAAUAUCCAGAAUGCUAGUACAAAUACCAUGCGGGUGGAGUCUUCAGGUUUAAAUCAGAUUCAAACAGAUGCAAAUACAGACGAACAGUAUGACAAUUCAGUGUCUCCUAUGGAAACAUUUCCCUUUAUUCCUCCUGGCACUCACUUCGGGGUUGGAGGUAUUACAGAUAAUUCUAUUCCUAGCAAUCAAACAUCGGAUGUGAUGGAUAGUGACGAGACACUUUCACUCGGGAGAACCCUUCGUGGAGGCCUUACUAACCUAGAUACAGUAACUGUUAGCGGCGGUGAUGGACAGUCAGAACAUAACCAAAAUAAUGUAGGACUCGCUGAACCUUCACAACUUCAUCCAAUUUUGCCUGGUGGAGACUAUGCUCACUGCUUUCUGCAAGGAUGGCUUAUGGGCCAAAGCCAAGCUGGUCUUCCUUCAAUGAUUUCUCCUAAUGCUGGUAAUCGUAAUUCAGCACCAUUGAUGGGUUCUUCUGCUUCGACAUCUCAUCUGCCAACACAUAAUGUGGAAACAAUGGUAGCUUCUUUGGCAAUGGCAGGCAGCAACAACUUAUCUGGGGUUUCAGGAAGAUCUGCCAUGCAAAAUCGUUUUUCAAAUGUACACUUCUCUUCAUCUGAACCAGGUAAUGGUCCUUCCCCAAUUACCCUUCGUGAGGGUGGUGAUGCCGAACCCAUUAUUAAUAGAGUUCAGGCAGAACUUGCUACAUCAUUAGCUGCUGCAGCAGCUGCCGAGUUACCAUGCACUGUAAAGCUAAGAGUUUGGGAACAUGAUAUAAUGAAUCCUUAUACCACGCUAACUUCUGAAAAGUGCCGCUUAAGCAUAGCCCAUGCAGUUCUCUGCAGUGAAAUGGGUGCUCAUUUUUCUCCUUGCGGGAGAUUUUUAGCUGCUUGUGUUGCAUGCUUGCUUCCUAACACGGAAGCUGACUCGGGAUCACAAACUCUAGUUCAGCAAGAUUCGGGGGCUGCAACUUCUCCAACUCGCCACCCAAUCUCAGCUCACCAAGUUAUGUAUGAACUUCGGAUAUAUUCGCUCGAGGAGAGAACCUUUGGUUCUGUGCUUGUAUCACGGGCAAUCAGGGCUGCACAUUGUUUGACUUCAAUUCAGUUUUCACCAACUUCUGAACACAUUCUACUUGCCUAUGGCCGACGUCACGGUUCUCUUCUCAAAAGUAUAGUCAUCGAUGGAGAAACAACAUUGCCUAUAUACACUGUUCUAGAGGUUUACAGAGUUUCAGACAUGGAACUAGUGAGAGUACUUCCUAGUGCCGAGGACGAGGUUAACGUUGCUUGCUUUCAUCCUUUUGCCGGAGGUGGUCUAGUCUACGGAACCAAGGAAGGGAAGCUUCGGGUCCUCCAGUAUACCGGUCCUUACGGCGAACAUUGCACCAGAACAAAUUAGACCCCCCAACAAAAGAUUGAAUUGUUGUAGAAUAUAAUGACUAAAAGGUACAUACAUAAGUCCUUAAUAGAUUUCCUUUUCAUUCCAAACCAUAACAUUCCCGAUCUAGCGAUCAGAAUUAGGCUGCGGCAUAGAAGAAUUACAUUUUUUUUUUGCUUUUUGAUAUCCAUUUAUUUGCUGGUUUUAGGUUCAAAAACAAAUUUCAAUAUUGAUCUGACUUAACAUGAUGAGAUGCAUAACCGGUGCUAAAUGGUAUGUGUGCAUUUAUUCACUUGUUAACAAUUCGAUUAAAUUACUUAGGCGAAAUGGUGUAAAUUAACACUCGAUUAAAUUAUACAUGGUUCGAUUUCGACUAGGGGAGAAAUAGUUUAAAUUAACGUUCGAUUAAAUUAUAUUUUUGUCCGGUUUCGAUGUUAUUAAUUUAUAGAGGUUUUACAUUACUCCACAGGAACUACCUACAUUGGAUUGGAUUCAAAACUUGCAAAAUUGAUGUAACUUUGUACAUUAUAAUUAUUAUUAUUAUAACUCUUCUCGUGUAGUUGUAACACUAGUUUGCUGGUUUUUUUUUUUUUAUUAUUAGCUUUAACUUGUAAUGGAAACUAACAUUUGUUUCGUUAUUAAAAAGAAAAAAAUUAAUGUUUCUUUAA